AUGGCAAUAGCCCACUACAAGCGAGCUAUUGCUUGUGAUACUGGAUUUUUGGAUGCAUACAAUAACCUGGGUAAUGCAUUGAAAGAUGCUGGAAGAAUUGAAGAAGCAAUCCACUGCUAUCGCCAAUGCUUGUCUCUUCAACCUAGUAAUCCUCAAGCACUCACCAAUCUUGGAAAUAUUUAUAUGGAGUGGAACAUGAUGAACGCUGCUGCUCAAUGCUACAAGGCAACUUUAUCAGUUACGACAGGGCUUUCUGCUCCUUUCAAUAAUUUAGCUAUAAUAUACAAACAACAGGGUAAUUAUGGGAAUGCGAUAUCUUGCUACAAUGAGGUACUCAGAAUUGAUCCAAUUGCAGCGGACAGUCUUGUUAAUCGGGGUAACACUUACAAGGAAAUUGGGAGAGUUAAUGAGGCAAUUCAAGACUAUCUACAUGCUAUUGCUGUACGGCCAACCAUGGCCGAGGGGCAUGCAAAUUUGGCUUCGGCUUACAAGGACAGUGGUCGUAUGGAGACAGCCAUUAAAAGCUAUAAGCAAGCAUUGAUGCUGCGUCCUGAUUUUCCAGAAGCAACCUGUAACCUUCUUCACACUUUACAGUGUGUUUGCAACUGGGAUGAUCGGGAGAAGAUGUUUCUUGAAGUUGAAGGGAUACUCCGGAGACAGAUUAAGAUGUCAGUUAUACCAAGUGUGCAGCCUUUCCAUGCAAUAGCUUAUCCUCUUGACCCCAUGCUUGCUCUUGAAAUUAGUUGCAAAUAUGCUGCGCACUGUUCCGUAAUAGCAUCCCGUUAUUCACUUCCUCCUUUUAGGCAUCCCUCUCCAUUACCAAUAAAGGGUGAGGGCAGAAAUGGCCGGUUAAGGGUUGGAUACGUGAGCAGUGACUUUGGUAACCACCCCUUAUCACACCUUAUGGGCUCGGUAUUUGGCAUGCACGACAGAGGAAAUGUUGAGGUUUUCUGCUAUGCUCUAAGUCCAAAUGAUGGUACUGAAUGGAGGCUCCGAAUCCAGUCAGAAGCUGAGCACUUUUUAGAUGUGUCAUCUAUGUCUUCUGAUAUGAUUGCAAGGUUGAUUAAUGAGGAUCAGAUACAAAUUCUUAUUAACCUUAAUGGUUACACUAAGGGGGCUAGAAAUGAAAUAUUUGCAAUGCAACCUGCUCCUAUCCAGGUUUCAUAUAUGGGGUUUCCUGGAACCACAGGUGCACCCUACAUACAUUAUCUGGUCACUGAUGAGUUUGUUUCGCCUAUGCAGUACUCACUUAUAUAUUCUGAGAAGCUUGUUCAUCUUCCGCAUUGCUAUUUUGUAAAUGAUUAUAAACAGAAAAAUCGAGAUGUACUAGACCCAAAUUGCCAACAUAAGCGAUCAGAUUAUGGACUGCCAGAGGACAAAUUUAUAUUUGCUUGUUUCAAUCAGCUUUACAAGAUGGACCCUGAGAUAUUUAUUACCUGGUGCAACAUUCUUAAACGAGUGCCAAAUAGUGCGCUUUGGCUUCUUAGAUUUCCUGCUGCUGGGGAGAUGAGGCUUCGUGCAUAUGCUGCUGCACAGGGUGUGCAACCGGACCAAAUAAUUUUCACUGAUGUAGCCAUGAAACAGGAACACAUUCAGCGUAGUGCAUUAGCAGACCUUUUUCUUGACACGCCACUGUGCAAUGCACAUACCACUGGAACGGAUAUUUUAUGGGCAGGUCUGCCUAUGGUUACCCUUCCCCUUGAGAAAAUGGCGACCAGAGUUGCUGGUUCACUGUGUCUGGCUACAGGAGUAGGGGAAGAGAUGAUCGCCAGUAGUAUGAAAGAGUAUGAAGAGAAGGCAGUAUCACUGGCAUUGAAUCGCAGAAAGCUCCAGGAUCUUACUAACAGGCUUAAGGCCGCACGUUUAACUUGCCCUCUGUUUGAUACUGCACGCUGGGUGAGGAAUUUGGAGCGUUCUUAUUUCAAGAUGUGGAAUCUCCACUGCUCUGGUAGAACUAUAGAGGGAUUCGCGCUCUCCCGCAUCUUGGGACAUCCGAGCCUACGACCCGCGGACCAUGAAGACCAAAGUGGUCUUCGGGAUACACUGAAAUACUUGGGAGCAAAUGCCGAAUAG